GCUGCCAGUCUCCAAUUGCCACGCUAUUCAUUUAUCAGAUAAGCCUUCUCUGCUCCCACACAGAAGUAAUGGCAACAGCAGGCUCAGCUCUACUCAGUACAUGCUCGCUCCCACGUGCCCAGACGGCGCAUCGCAUCGCUUCCUCUCCCAAUCGUCUGCCGAAAUCCGACAACCAUGCAGUUAUUUCCGGCGGGCGGAGACGGUUACUAUUUCUUCUUACGGCAUCAACGGCGGCAAUAACGGGUAUGGAAAUGAGGGCAAUGGCACAAGACAUUCCACUGUUCGGAUUGAGGAAGAAACUGAAGAAAGCGGAGGAAGAAGCAGAGGAGAUUCUGAAGGAAGGAAUUGAGACAGCGGAGAAGGGCUUGGAGACCGCGGAGAGAGGAAUAGAAAGGGCAGAAAUGGAGAUUGUAGCCGCGGAAGGAGAAAUCGGAGCUGCUGCUUUUGGGGGUUUCGCUCAGGCUGGAGUGGUUGCGGGGGCUGAAUUCGUUGGUGUUCUAGUUGCGACUUCUGUGGUUAAUGGAAUUCUUGGACCUCAAGCUCAGAAACCUUAAGUCAGAAGCGAAGUCGUGGGAUGGGGUUACGACUUUGUGGUUAAUUGGUAAAAUAU